GCCGCGAAAGAGUCCGGUGAAAAGAACCGGGAGCAGUUAGCAGCCGAGCUAGAGCGCUCCAAGCUGGAUCUGGCUGAGCUGAGGGCUCGUUUGGAAGAAGCAGAAUUGGCUCAGAAAGCAGCUUUGGAGGAAGAGGCGCACAUGGGUCAGACGGAUAAGCUUGAGAGGCAGGACGCGCAGGCACAGUUGGAAGAGCAGGCGGAGGCCGCGAAAGAAUCCGGUGAAAAGCGCCGGGAGCAGUUAGCAGCCGAGCUAGAGCGCUCCAAGCUGGAUCUGGCUGAGCUGAGGGCUCGUUUGGAAGAAGCGGACUUAGCUCCGAAAGCAGCUUGGGAGGAUGAUGCCCCGUGCAGACUAGAAGAGGCCCUAGCCCAGGCGGAGGGCACCGCAGCCGAGGCCGCACAGGAGCUGGCGAGCUCCAAGCGGGAGCUGGUUGAUCUCAGGGAGCGCUUCGAAGACGUGGAGUAUGCUCUGCAGAUUGCAAGCGAAGCCGCGGCUGAGGAUGGCGGUGCGGACGGGCCGGUGGGGGUUCGCGAGGCCCGCCGCCUCCGUGAGGAGUGCCUGGCGUUACAGGCGGAGCUGGCCCAGCAAAAGGCGCAUGCGCAGCUGGAAGGGGCUCCCGGAGUCCGGACGCAUCGGAAAACUGCUGACUUCGGCGAAGGGGGGCCUCUCAAGGAGCUCGAGGGCUUCGACCACGGCGCUGUGGUCAAGAUGGUGUCCAUCGAGGAGGAGCCCGAGGAGGCCACAAGAGACGAUGCCUUCUUCAGCCCUGUCGAGGAUGCCAGUGAAAAGUCGCGUGGGGAAGGCCGAGAACGUGCCGUGUCGUUUGCACCGGCGAUGCGGGUGAAGGUCGAAGAUGCUACGACUUCCGACAGGAAUCCCUUUGAAGACGACUCCGCAUCAGAAGAAACCGCGCGUGGUGAGGAGUCGCCUGUGAUGAUUGCGGGUCACAUCCCCUCCGGAGGUGGCUCCUUCGGUACCCCGAGCGGCAUCAUGCCAGCGUCCGCCACGACCCCUUCAAGACAGGACAAGACAGCACUGCUGCAAGAGCAGCUGAGCAAAGAGGUCUUUGAGUUGCGGCAAGCAUUGCGCUCGGAAGAGGCCGCCUAUGCGGCCGAGCGCGCCAAGGCCGAAGCCAAAGCGUCCGCCGCGCCGCCCCCGGAGCUCGGCUCUUUCGCCUUUCAGGGUG